CUGGCGGCGGCACCCACCAAGUUGCCAGCCUAGACUCUGGCAAGUGACUUGUUCCCCGUUCGCCACCCCCUCCCCCCGCUGCGAGUUAUGUGAGGGAGCUGCAGGGGGGUCCCCUCCUAUGAGCUGUGCGCCCCAGCCCUCGGGCAGGGCGGGCCCCAUAACCCGUCCCUGUAGUGCCCGGUGGGGGGCAGACCCCACCCUCGCCCGCGGUGCCCGGUUCCCACAAGCCGCGCCCCGCGCGGAGGAGGGCGCUACAGCAGGCGCCGGGAUCAAAGCUGGGCAAUAUGCGGGCCCCCUGCCCGGGCUGGUGGCACCUGGGAGUGAGGGUGGCAGGGGUCCGGCGGGGGCUGUUGAGCAGCGGCGGCCCCUGGCGAGGGACGAGUGCCGGCAGCUGGUCACGCUCUGCCCUGUUCGUGACGAGCCCGGCGGGCCCCGAGGAGGGCAGGAAGAGGGGCAAUAAGCCCCUCAAGGAGUGGACGCUGAUUGUCAGCCCGUUCGGCCAGCUGAAGGUGCGGCUGCCCUGCCACGUUACCGUGCGCCCCCUGGACCCGCUCCGCUACCCGGACGCGGACAGAGCGCUGGUCACUGUCAGCGGGGUGGACAGCAGCCUCCCCCAGGGUGUGGAUCUGGAUCGCCUACAGGUGAAGUACGACGAGGCGCUGAAGGAGAUGAUGAUUGUCUCGGACCACAUGGACAGCAAGGCCGCUGUUGUUGUGAAGACACCCAUGAAGUUUGUUCACAGAUUUCUCCCACCCGAUCUGUUACAUGCAGCCAAUCCUCCAACACAACCUCCAAUUGAGUCAGAGUCACGAGCUCUACUAGCUUGUGUUCUUUUGGGUAUCUCAUCUUACCGGUUACAAAAACUGGAAGACAAUAGUGUUUGCAGUCAUAGAGACAGGGAUGCCAGGAGAGGCCUCUUCUUUUCCAGUACAAUUCCUAUGUCAUCCCUUAACAGUGAGAAACUCCCUCUGAAUCCAGACAGUGCUAGUCAUAAAAUCCAUGUACGAACUAAAGGAGGCAAAGUGAUCUGUCUGGGAACUCUUCAUGGAAAUGCAGAUAUUCAUGCAGCAGAGAAAAGUAGUGUGAAUAUAGAGAAACUACAGGGGACAUCUAUCAAAAUUUCUACUGAAGAUGGUUUGUUGAAAACCAAAUAUCUUUAUGCAGAAUCUUCAUUUCUGUCUUCAACAGCUGGUGAUAUUCUACUGGGAAGUAUUCAUGGUGACACAACCCUUCAAACUAAAACAGGGAACAUCACAGUAGAGUCAUCGGAUGGAUGUCUAAAAGCUUCUACACGUCGGGGGGAAAUAGAUGUUUAUGUUAAUCAAGUGAGAAAAGUGGAUCUGAAAAGCCAGAAAGGCUCUAUUACAGUCAAGGUACCUGCCUCUCUUAAAGCCUAUUUACAGUUAUCUGGAAGCAAGGUUGAUGUGAGCCCAGAGAUCCAGUUACAGGAAACCCAGUGUGCCCCUAAAGAGGGUCACAUAACUAUUACUGGUCAUAUGAAUCAAAUGAAUGAAAGAGACAAAUGGAUUAAGGCUGACACACAGGAUGGCACAGUGCAUCUUAAAAGCCAAAGCUGGUUCCAAUCCAUCAAGCUGCAGGUUCCCUGAGGAUGUAAUAGGCCAAAGGUAUUCAAAAUCAAGGAACAGUGAAGGAAGAUUACUGUACAGUGAUGGUGAAUGCUCCUUAUUAAAAUACAGUAAACAAUACAUUAAGUGAGGACUUUUUUACCCAACCUUUGUAUAUGUUAAAUGACUGCUGUUAUUUGACUGCUGUAUGAAACGGGUUUUACUGUUAGUGCCUUCUACAGUUGCACAAUCCUGUGUAUUCAGGAUUUGGGUAAAACUCGACCUGCACACCCCGCCUAUUCUGAAAGCUAGUGAAUUUCAAGUAAAAGUAUAAAACCACGGCAAAGACCAUUUUCAACACAGGUUGAUGCCUGAAAAUACAAGAAUUUGAUUUAAGCUUUGUGAUGGUGCCAUAUUCUGUACACUGCUUUUAAAUGAAUUGUUAUCAUUUGAAAUUUGUGGUUUGUGCAUAAUGCUGAGCAUUUCCUUUUACUGAAUUAUUUAUAUAAUGUGUGGGAUAAAACCACUUUUAGGGUUGCAGUUCACAUUUGAUCAUAAGUAGGCGUUUUGGCUCCUAAGAAAUCAGUCUACAAUUCUAUGACUUACUAUACUGCGCUAUGUGUAAAACUGGUCAUCAAGCUCCUGCACAUCGAAAGCUUGAGAGCUUAUUUUAUGCCCUCAUGAACCUCUCUCAUCUGUAGCUCCACUGUCAGUAGGGGCAGCAACCCCAGAGAACCCCUUCUUUAUUAUACCACUGGGGAUGGUAGCAGGGUGCAGUCCCAGAACAUGCCCCCUUCAGUCCCCUCCUGGUUCUCCCACUAAUUCGCAGCCCAGAGAACUUCAAGAGCAGGAAUGUUAUUUUGAGGUCUGGGUUAUUAAGUCCUACAGAAUAUGGUCUCCUUGGGUCCUUCAGCCACAAAUCUUCUUGAGGCUUCUAAUUCACUUUUGUCCAGGACUUCAAGGCCCAGCUCUCCCUUCGUUCCCUCUGAGCCAUGGAGCUCUGCCAAUCCCUGGUCUCUCUGGAGAUUUUUUUUCUCCUUUUGCCCUGGUCCUUGGACUCAAACUUCUUCCUUUUGGUUCCAGAGGCUCCACAGCCUCCUUCCUGGGGCUGUGUUGCAAUUCAUGGCAGGCUUCCUCAGUCCAGCAGCAUCCAGGGUCUGAUCCCAGUCCAAGGAGCCUCCCUUGGUCCCUGCACUGCUACGUCUCCUCAGGACUGUGGUGUAAUUCAUGAUAAACUUCCUCAGCUCACCAAAGUCAGGUUUUGGUUCCAUGCUACAGAGUCUCCCCCUGUCUCUGUGCUCCCUUCAGUUCUCACUCUCCAGACUACCUGCCUUGGAGCCACUAACCACUGCACACCUUCUCUCUGCAGUUAUAACUCAUCUGAGCUCUUCCUGGCUUUUAUGAAGGCCAUGUGUUCUUCACAUUCUCACCUGAACCUGUGCCCCACAGCCUCAGAUGGGAGACAGAGGGUCAGUCACAGGUAGGGACUGGAUCCAUCUCCCCUUAAAAGGCCAACCACCCUGUGAUAGGCACUUUAGGACUAGUUAUCUCUACUUGUUCUCUUUCCUUGCCGUAGCAGUUUAAAUUCUUUCAUCUUCCAGGAUGCCGUCAGCACCACGUUAACAGCCAGCUCUGAGUUAUACCUGCAGUUGAACAAAAUAUUGUUUGUUUAAGAAAGAGUGAAAAAACACACACUCAAAAAAGCAUCUGAACUUCACUUUACAUAGCCCAUACCUAGAAGAGUUUCUGAGACUUACUUGCAUAAAAGUUGGGAAUUAUGGAUCUUACAUAUCCAUAUACAGUGUCCUGUUCUCUCCAUCUGUAGCUCUAGCCUGUCAAUGACAGAAUCCCAUGCAUACUAAGUGUCACAAUUCAGGACAACUGCCUCUGUAUUCCCCUCCAUGGUCAAGCAAGAGUCCCCAUUCUUAGGCUCUCGGCUCCUUGGCCAUCACCUCUCUUGGGCAGACACCCACAUCUCUCCCUCCUGACCGGGGUUUUUCCAGGCUGCACAUUUCCCUGCCUAUACUUCGUUAUUCCCAGCAAGCCAGACUGCCUAAACAGGCCAGUGUCUGCACUUUGCUUUCCUUAGAGGCUAUAAACAGCAAGAUUGCGCACAGCUGUACAUCACCACACAGCCAUUUCUAAACAAUCACAUUUAUUCUUAGGGGGAAAGCAUUACAGAGAAAACAUGUUAAAAACAAUAAAAGAAUCCACACG